AUGAUGUUGCUAUGGAAACAGCUUCUACUGUUAUCAAUCAUCGACCGUCUGGCUGUUACUGUUUCUCUCACAGAUUGUCUGGACAGUGGAUCAUAUCAUGGUCCCAGAUGGAGGAUGGAGCCAGGUGACCUGUUCAUUCCUGUUGACUCCAUAGAAGAAGAAGCUACUCUGACCUGUGACGCUAAGGGAACACCACCUCCUCAGUACAGAUGGUCACUGAAUGGGACUCUCAUAAAUCUGGGCCUGGAUCGCCGGCGGCGUCUGUCUGGGGGCAACCUCAUUAUAAGCAGUUUGGACCGCCACCAGGAUGUAGGGGUGUACCAGUGUAUGGCCUACAACACUGUAGGAGCUAUCCUCAGCAGGAGAGCGAGUCUACAGUUUGCCUACUUAGAUCAUUUCAAAGUGCAUACCAGAAGCGCGGUGUCAGUCCGAGAGGGACAAGGAGUUGUGUUACUUUGUGGGACGCCGACUUCCUCAGGAGACCUUACUUAUGCAUGGGUCUUCAAUGAGUACCCAUACUUUGUUCAGCAAGACAAUCGGCGUUUCGUCUCCCAGCAGACAGGAAACCUUUACAUUGCCAAGGUGGAGCCCUCUGAUGUGGGUAACUACACCUGUGUAGUGAUGAACAGCAUCACAAAGGGCAAAGUUCAAAGCUCACCUACGUCUCUGAUCCUCAGGACAGAUGGAGUGAUGGGUGAAUAUGAGCCGAAAAUAGAAGUUAAUUUCCCAGACAAUGUACCCGCCGCAAAAGGAUCAACAGUUACGCUGGAGUGUUUCGCCCUUGGGAACCCUGUGCCAGAGAUCACCUGGAAGAGGGCUAAUGGCGUUCCCUUCCCUAGCAAAGUCAAAAUGAAGUACUCGAAUGCCAUGCUGGAGAUCCCCAGCUUCCAGCAGGAUGAUACUGGAGGAUACGAGUGUGUGGCUGAGAACAAGAUGGGGAAGAACACAGCCACUGGUCGACUGGCCUUCUAUGCCAAGCCUCAGUGGAUCCAGACCAUGAAGGACACGGCCCUGGCCAUAGAGGAGAGACUAUACUGGGAGUGUCGAGCCAAUGGCAAGCCCAAACCCUCCUACACGUGGCUGAAAAACGGCCAGCAGCUUCUCUCGGAGGACAGGAUCCAUGUGGAGGAUGGAGUCCUGUCAGUGUCUGUGCUGACACUAUCUGACGCCGGCAUGUACCAGUGUGUGGCUGAGAAUAAACACGGCGUCAUAUAUUUUGCUGCUGAACUAAUGGUUUUAGCCUCUCCACCAGACUUCACAGGGAACGUCCUCAGAGCUUUGCUCAAAGCCAAGGCAGGAACUACUGUGACUUUAGAGUGCAAACCCCAGGCCUAUCCCAUCGCCAGCAUUUUAUGGAAGAAAGGGAACCUGCCCAUCCACACCAAUGACAGGAUCACACUUUCCCCAGAUGGAACGCUGAGGCUUGCCAACGUGAGCAAGUCCGAUGCAGGCAGCUAUACGUGCUUCGCUAGGAAUAGAUUUGGCAUGUCGAGUACGACGGGAAGGCUCCUUGUUACCGAUCCAACCAGAAUCAUCCAGGGCCCAGUGGACAUGGAGAUCAUCGUGGGCGAGAGCAUCGUGUUACCGUGUCAGGUCGCCAGCGACCCCGUCCUUGACGUUUCUUUCUCCUGGGCUUUCAACGGACAGCUCAUCGUCAAGGGAGACGGUCACUUCGAGCUAGUGGGUGGGAGAACAGCAGGAGAUCUGAUGAUCAGGAACAUUCAGCUUUACCAUGCGGGCAAAUAUAUCUGCGUGGUGGACACAGACGUGGAGAGCCUGUCAGCUGUAGCUGUAUUGAUUGUGAAAGGCUCCCCCAGCCCACCAGACUCUGUGACGGUGGAGGAGGUGACAGACAGUACAGCCCAGCUGACCUGGAGCCCUGGCAGAGACAACGGCAGCCCCAUCACCAAUUACCUCAUCCAGACCAGAACUCCCUUCACUGUGGGCUGGCAGAGGGUUAACACAGUCCCUGAGGUGAUCGAUGGGAACACACUGACAGCCACUGUGGUGGACCUCAAUGCCUGGGUGGAGUAUGAGUUUCGGGUUUUGGCCAAGAACAGCGUUGGGGUCGGAGAACCCAGUCCCGUGUCUGUGAAGACCAGGACAGAGGACGCAGUUCCUGAUGCAGCGCCAGGUGACGUGGGUGGAGGAGGCGGAAGCAGAUCUGAACUGGUCAUCACAUGGGAGCCUGUCCCCGAAGAACUACAGAAUGGUGAGAGCUUUGGUUACAUCAUUGCUUUUCGCGCCUUCGGAGAAGUUAGCUGGACUCACGUGGCCACCUCUGCCCCCGGCGCAUCGCGCUAUGUGUACCGCAACGACAGCAUCGCACCUUUCUCUCCAUUUCAUGUCAAGGUUGGCACUUACAACAGCAAAGGACAGGGUCCCUUCAGCCCUGUGGUCACCAUCUACUCUGCAGAGAUAGAGCCAAGUGGGAUGCCAGCAGGAGUUUGGGCCAGAAGUGUCUCAGCCUCUGAGAUUGAGGUGAAUUGGCAGGCUCUCUCCUUCACCCCUGAAAGGGUUCUGGGCUAUGAGGUGGUUUACUGGGAAGAUGACACCAAGCCAGAGACCAUGGGGAAGGUUAGGGUGCCUUGGAACCAAACCUCGGUCACAGUGAGCGGCUUGGCAGGAAACACGCAGUAUUUCCUAACAGUCAGCGCCUUCAACACAGCGGGCACAGGCCCCUUCCUCCCCGCAAUCAAUGUUACCACAAAAAAGCCACCACCAGCGCAGCCUCCACUGAACGUUGAAUGGACCCUAAUUGGCUCUCAGCUCUCUCUUUACUGGGAACCUGUGGUGGCAAUGGAGUCAGAGUCUGAAGUUACAGGCUACCAACUGUCAUACAGGAGACAGAGACAGAAAGAGGUGAACACCCUCACAACAACCAAUUCAACAGCCGAGCUGACCCUUCCCGAGGACAAUGACGACUACAUCAUCCACAUUCGGACACUGAGUGAAGGAGGGCUGGGCCCGGCCUCGGAUCCCAUACGAAUCCACCAAUUAAGUAUGAGUGCCCGUGGCUCGAGAGCCUGGAGUGUGGACAUCUCCCCCCUCUCCCUGCUCCUCGCCAUUGCAAUAUCAACAUUCAGGUCAACGUCGUGACACCAUGACAGACUCUGCUCUUUCUCAACGU